AUGUCAAGAGACGCACCAAUUAAGGCAGAAAGAGACUAUACGGAGCUCUUGAAAGAAGAGCUGCCAAAGAUCGAACAGUUGUCGAUUAAUGACUGGCGAGGGGGUCUGGAUCAGUUGCUUGCCUUGGAGAAAAAGACCAGACAGGCCUCUGACCUGGCAUCUUCGAAGCAAAUUAUUUCCAGUAUUGUUGAUUUGUUAGUUUCCAAGGGUCAAUGGGAUGAAUUAGAUGAUCAAUUGACACUGUUAUCCAAGAAACAUGGUCAACUGAAACUUUCAAUCCAAUAUAUGGUUCAGAGAAUCAUGAAACACUUGGAAGAUGAUAAGAAUAUUGCUUUAGAGACUAAGAUUAAGGCCAUUGAGAGUAUCAGAACGGUAACUGAAAACAAGAUAUUUGUAGAAGUUGAAAGGGCAAGAGUUACCAGGGAAUUGGCUCAUAUCAGAAGACAGCAAGGUAAGAUAGAGGAAGCUGCUGAUAUACUGUGUGAGUUACAAGUAGAGACAUAUGGUUCGAUGGAGAUGUCUGAAAAGAUCGAAUUUAUCCUAGAACAAAUGGAACUAAGUAUAUUGAAAGGUGAUUAUUCACAGGCAACUGUCUUGUCGAGAAAGAUUCUGAAGAAGACAUUCAAAAAUGUGAAAUAUGAAUCGUUGAAGUUGCGUUAUUACGAAUUGUUAAUCAAGAUCGGGCUUCACAAGAGAGAUUACUUGGAAGUCGCGCAAUAUUUCCAGGAAAUCUAUCAAACUGAGUCUGUUAAAAAGGAGGAAAACUUAUGGAAACCCGCUUUGUCGCAUAUGGUAUACUUUUUGAUUCUUUCGCCAUGCGGAAAUCUUCAAAAUGAUCUUAUUCACAAAGUCCAGCUGGAUAAUAAUUUGAAAAAACUGGAGACUCAAGAGUCGCUUGUCAAGAUGUUUACUACACCAGAACUAAUGAGAUGGGUUAUUAUCAAGAAAAAAUUCGAGCCCGUACUAAGCAAGGAUGAAGUAGCAUUUGGUGGUAAAGACAAUCUCCACCAUUGGGAUGAGCUGCACAAGAGACUGACAGAGCACAAUCUAAGAGUAAUCUCGAAGUAUUACUUGAAAAUCACGCUUCCAAGAUUAAAUGAACUAUUGGACCUGACCGAGUCGGAGACGGAGACUUUUAUCAGCGAUCUUGUCAAUCAAGGUAUCAUUUAUGCCAAAAUAAAUAGACCAGCUAAAGUGGUCAAUUUCGAGAAACCGAAAAAUUCUAGUGAGUUACUGAAUGAAUGGUCACAAAAUGUUGAUCACCUUUUGGAACAUAUCGAAACUAUCGGGCAUUUGAUUACAAAGGAAGAGAUUAUGUACGGAUUGAAGGCCAAAUAA